AUGGUGCUGCCCAGCCGCGGCGACAAGGGUAAGAAACUGCUGAGCCGUCUCCUGGCUCGGGCAGAGGACUGUUCUCAGAGCCAGGUGGGCAACCCCAAGGCCCACUGUCACCAGCACCUCUCCAGGGUGGGCAGGGCUCAGCCAUACUGGACCCUGGCCUGGGAAGUGGGAGAACUAGCCUGUGGCCCGUGGCAGUCCAGACAGGCCGAUGGUCGCAAAGUGCUGAGGUCGAGCAUCCGCGAGUUCCUGUGCAGCGAGGCCAUGUUCCACCUGGGGGUCCCCACCACCCGGGCUGGGGCCUGUGUCACAUCUGAGUCCACAGUGGUGCGGGACGUGUUCUAUGACGGCAACCCAAAGUAUGAGAAGUGCACAGUUGUGCUGCGCAUAGCUCCCACCUUCAUCAGGUUUGGAUCCUUUGAGAUCUUUAAGCCGGCCGAUGAGCAGACAGGGCGUGCGGGCCCCAGCGUGGGGCGGAAUGACAUCCGAGUCCAGCUGCUUGAUUAUGUGAUCCGCUCUUUCUACCCUGAAAUCCAGGCUGCCCAUGCCUGUGACACCAACCUUGUGCCAAGGAACGCUGCCUUCUUCAGGGAGGUCACACGACGCACAGCCCAGAUGGUGGCCGAGUGGCAGUGUGUGGGCUUCUGCCAUGGUGUCCUCAACACUGACAAUAUGAGCAUCGUGGGGCUCACCAUCGACUAUGGGCCCUUUGGCUUCCUGGACAGGUAUGACCCGGACCACGUGUGCAACGCCUCAGACAGUGCUGGACGCUACACAUACGGCAGGCAGCCUGAGGUGUGUAAGUGGAACCUGCAGAAGCUGGCCGAGGCGCUGGAGCCCGAGCUGCCCCUUUCCCUGGGCGAGGCCAUCGUGGCCGAGGAGUUCGAUGCUGAAUUCCAGAAGCAUUACCUGCACAAGAUGCGCAGGAAGCUGGGCCUCGUGGGGGGUGCGCGGGAGGAGGACGCCGCGCUGGUAGCCAAGCUCCUGGAGACCAUGCACCUGACAGGGGCUGACUUCACCAACACGUUCUGCUUGCUGAGCUCCUUCCCAGCUGAGCCAGAAGCACCUGGCCUGGACGAGUUCCGGAGUGCACUGGCCUCACAGUGCGCCUCCCUAGAGGAGCUACGGCUUGCCUUUCGGCCCCAGAUGGACCCUCGCCAGCUCUCCAUGAUGUUGGUGCUGGCCCAGUCAAACCCGCAGCUCUUCGCACUUAUUGGCACCCAGGCCAAUGUCACCAAAGAGCUGGAGCGUGUGGAGCAGCAGUCCCGGCUUCAGCGCCUGACACCCAAGGAGCUGCAGACCCGCAACAAUGCACACUGGGACACCUGGCUGCAGGACUACAGAGCCCGGCUGGACAAGGACAGGGAGGAGGCUGGUGACACAGCUGCCUGGCAAGCAGAGCGCACACGUGUGAUGCACAGCAGUAACCCCAAGUACGUCCUGCGGAACUACAUUGCACAGAACGCCAUCAAGGCUGCUGAAAGCGGGGACUUCUCGGAGGUGCGGCGGGUGCUAAAGUUGCUGGAGUCUCCUUACAGGCAGGAGGGGGAGCAUGCUGAGGCCGCACAGGCUGCAGACCCUGAGGAGGCUGCCACGGCAGCCCACAGGCGGCCAUCCUACAGCAGCAAGCCCCCACUCUGGGCAGCAGAGCUGUGUGUCACAUGAUCCUCAUAGCAGCCUCCAUACCUGGGAGGCUCUGGAGGACACAAGCACUGCGGAACUGCGGAGCUGCAGCCGCCUCUGAGCUCUCCAUGACGGCACAGACGUACAGUCAGGAUCUGACCUGUCUCUGUCCGAUGCUAGCUCAGCAGUGCUGCUCUGGCCCGGUGGCUGCAUGGACAAGGGCCCUGCGAGGACUUGUGUGACAGCCAGGCCACUGCUCUCUCCUUCCCCCAACCUGCGGGUCGGAGGUCAGGCUCCUGAAUAAAGCAGCCCUCUCCUGC